GGCGCGGGAGGAAGCGGCGGCGGCGGCGGUCCCAUGGCCCGGGCGCGCUGAGGGACGCGGCUCUUGCCACAGCCCGGCGGCGGCGGCGGCCACGGCGGCGGCCGAACAAUGAAGCUCCUGAAGCCGACCUGGGUCAACCACAAUGGCAAGCCAAUUUUUUCAGUUGAUAUUCAUCCUGACGGGACCAAGUUUGCAACUGGAGGACAAGGGCAGGAUUCUGGGAAGGUUGUGAUCUGGAAUAUGUCUCCAGUCCUCCAGGAGGAUGACGAGAAGGAUGAAAAUAUUCCCAAGAUGCUUUGCCAGAUGGACAAUCACUUAGCAUGUGUGAACUGUGUGCGGUGGUCAAACAGUGGGAUGUAUUUAGCUUCUGGGGGAGAUGACAAACUGAUAAUGGUGUGGAAGCGGGCUACGUACAUCGGCCCCAGCACCGUGUUCGGCUCCAGUGGUAAGCUUGCCAAUGUGGAGCAGUGGCGGUGUGUCUCCAUCCUCCGGAGUCAUUCAGGCGAUGUGAUGGAUGUGGCGUGGUCUCCCCACGACGCCUGGCUAGCCUCCUGCAGUGUGGACAAUACUGUCGUUAUCUGGAAUGCCGUCAAGUUCCCAGAAAUUCUUGCUACACUGAGAGGUCAUUCCGGCUUGGUGAAGGGGCUGACCUGGGACCCUGUGGGCAAAUAUAUCGCUUCUCAAGCUGAUGACCGUAGCCUGAAGGUGUGGAGGACCCUGGACUGGCAGCUCGAGACCAGCAUCACCAAGCCCUUUGAUGAGUGUGGAGGGACGACCCAUGUAUUGCGGCUCAGCUGGUCCCCUGAUGGGCAUUACCUAGUGUCUGCCCACGCCAUGAACAACUCUGGCCCCACCGCCCAGAUCAUUGAACGGGAAGGCUGGAAGACAAACAUGGAUUUUGUUGGGCACCGGAAAGCUGUGACUGUUGUGAAAUUCAACCCAAAAAUCUUCAAAAAGAAGCAGAAGAAUGGGAGUUCUGCGAAGCCCAGCUGCCCGUACUGCUGCUGUGCUGUCGGCAGCAAGGAUCGCUCGCUGUCUGUCUGGCUCACGUGUCUGAAACGGCCCCUGGUUGUCAUCCAUGAGCUGUUUGACAAAUCCAUUAUGGAUAUUUCCUGGACGCUGAAUGGUCUGGGCAUCCUGGUGUGCUCCAUGGAUGGCUCUGUGGCGUUCCUCGACUUCUCCCAGGAUGAGCUCGGAGACCCGCUGAGCGAGGAGGAGAAGAGCCGCAUCCACCAGUCCACCUAUGGCAAGAGCCUGGCCAUCAUGACCGAGGCCCAGCUCUCCACAGCUGUCAUCGAGAACCCCGAGAUGCUCAAGUACCAGCGGAGGCAGCAGCAGCAGCAGCUGGACCAGAAGAGUGUGGCAAGCAGAGACACAAGCUCAGCCUCCUCAGUCGCAGGUGUUGUCAAUGGGGAGAGUUUGGAAGACAUCAGGAAGAAUCUUCUGAAGAAACAAGUUGAGACUCGGACAGCAGAUGGUCGGAGAAGAAUCACGCCUCUCUGCAUAGCACAGCUGGACACCGGGGACUUCUCCACGGCAUUCUUCAACAGCAUCCCCCUCUCAGGCUCCCUGGCAGGCACCAUGCUCUCCUCUCAUAGCAGUCAGCAGCUACUGCCACUGGACUCCAGCACCCCCAACUCCUUCAGCACCUCAAAGCCUUGCACAGAGCCCGUGGCAGCCGCUGGUACCAGGCCUGCGGGCGAACCUAUCAGUAAGGACAGUGUGAAUGCUACCUCUACUCCUGCCGCACCAUCACCCUCCGUGUUAACGACCCCGUCCAAGAUCGAACCCAUGAAGGCCUUUGACUCCCGAUUCACAGAGCGAUCUAAAGCCACGCCGGGCCCCCCUGCCUUGACCAGUAUGACUCCACCAACUGUUGAAAGGUUGAAAGAGCAGAACCUUGUGAAAGACCUGCGGCCCCGGGACCUCCUGGAAAGCAGCAGCGACAGCGAUGAGAAGGUCCCUCUGACCAAGACUUCCUCACUGUCCAAGCGAAAACUUGAGCUUGAGGUGGAGACGGUGGAGAAGAAGAAGAAAGGGCGCCCUCGGAAGGACUCCCGCCUCCUGCCUGUGUCUUUGUCUGUCCAGUCUCCAGCUGCCCUAUCGGAGAAGGAGGCCAUGUGUCUGUCUGCACCAGCACUUGCCCUGAAGCUGCCGGUUCCAGGCCCCCAGAGAGCAUUUACUCUCCAGGUGAGCUCCGACCCCUCCAUGUACAUUGAGGUGGAGAAUGAAGUGACGGCUGUCGGGGGUGUGAAGCUGAGCCGUCUGAAGUGCAACCGGGAAGGGAAGGAGUGGGAGACGGUGCUCACCAGCCGGAUCCUCACUGCCGCGGGCAGCUGUGACUUGGUGUGUGUUGCUUGUGAGAAGAGGAUGCUGUCAGUGUUCUCGACCUGCGGCCGCCGCCUCCUCCCUCCCAUCCUCCUGCCAUCCCCGAUCUCUACUUUGCACUGCACGGGCUCCUACGUCAUGGCUCUCACGGCUGCAGCCACACUGUCCGUCUGGGAUGUUCACAGGCAGGCAGUGGUGGUGAAAGAAGAGUCUCUACACUCCAUCUUGGCAGGAAGUGAUAUGACGGUGUCGCAGAUCCUGCUGACACAGCAUGGAAUCCCUGUGAUGAACCUGUCCGAUGGGAAGGCAUACUGCUUCAAUCCGUCACUUUCUACAUGGAACUUGGUUUCUGAUAAGCAGGACUCCCUGGCCCAGUGUGCGGACUUCAGGAGCAGCCUGCCAUCCCAGGAUGCCAUGCUGUGCUCAGGACCCUUAGCCAUAAUCCAGGGCCGCACCUCCAACUCGGGAAGGCAGGCUGCCCGGCUCUUCUCCGUGCCUCACGUGGUGCAGCAGGAGACCACCCUGGCCUACCUAGAGAACCAGGUCGCCGCGGCACUCACCCUGCAGUCCAGCCACGAGUACCGUCAUUGGCUCCUCCUCUACGCGCGGUACCUUGUGAAUGAAGGGUUUGAAUAUCGACUCCGAGAAAUAUGCAAGGACUUACUGGGUCCAGUUCACUACUCCACUGGAAGCCAGUGGGAAUCAACAGUAGUGGGUCUGCGCAAGAGGGAGCUGCUCAAAGAGCUGCUGCCGGUCAUCGGGCAGAACCUCCGCUUCCAGCGCCUCUUCACCGAGUGUCAGGAGCAGCUCGACAUCCUGAGGGACAAGUAGCCCCCUGGCCUGCCCCAGCUGCAGCUGGGACAGGGCCGCACCGACACCACCCAGGGCCAGCUCUCCCCGCCUAGCCCGGCCCACAGGGAAGAGGAGACACACGCAGGAAACCGUGCUCCCCGCAGACGGGCCCUGUGACCUGGGCCUGAUGCCGCCAGAGAGGCGGGCAGCCCAGCCCUCCCUGCAGGCACACCUGUGCAGACCAGGGACUGGGACCCGCCCAGCUGCCCCAAAGCAGACACUCGCCCCUGCCCGACAGGUGUGUGCUGCUUCAGCUACAACAAAUGAGCCAUUUGUGAGAGCGAGAAUCCAGACCCCUUAGGUAUUGCGCAGUCAGCCAACAGGCGACCAGAGCCGCAAGUGAACAGAAUGUUGUUCCAACACACGGACUAUUUUUGUACUAGGAUUUGCUAACUUGUAAUAUGGAAUUUUCCUUUGGUCAAUAAUCAGGAUUUCCCUAUAAGUUACUUGGACCUUGGUCACUUGUAGGAAAUUUAAAGUCUAAUUAUGACAGCUACACUGAAAAAAUAAUUGUACUGAAAUUAACUUGUCUAUCUUCAUUUGGUUUUAAUUUUUAAAUGUUUGUAAAAAGAGACUGUUUUUGGGGGGAUGGGACAAAGGG